AUGAACCAAAGGCAAUCCAUAACAACUGCUUUUGAGAAACAAACCACUUUGCAAGAAAAAGAAUAUCGUGUUCGUUUGAAUGCUUCAAUUGAUUGUGUUAGAUUCUUAUCGUGUCAAGGAUUGGUAUUUCGUGGUCAUGACAAGACGGACAACUCAGAUAAUAAAGGUAACUUUCUUGAACUUUUACAAUGUGAUAUCCAGAAAGAUAUCAUGCAUGCAUGUUCAGAUGCAACUAUAAAUGUUAUUAUGGAAGUUAUUGGAAAAGAUUUUUUUUUUGCAAUUUUGGUAGACGAGUCACGUGAUGUUUCUUGUAAAGAACAAUUGACAUUAGUAUUGAGGUUUGUAAACAAAAAGGGUGAAGUUGUUGAAAGGUUUGUUGGCCUUAGACAUAUCAGUGACACUUCAGCUUUGACACCAAAGGAAACCAUUUAUGAUAUGCUUUCAAAAUGGGAUUUAAGUGAGCUUGAGAGUGGCACCAGUUUGAACCAAGAAGUGGGUAGCAAACGACUAUCUGAUACUCGAUGGGGUUCUCAUUUUUCAUCUCUAUUGAAUAUCAAGAACAUAUAUUCUUCCAUUUGUGAAGUAGUUGAACACCUUGGUAGAGAUAAUAGUCAUCAUGAUCGUAAAGCUGAAGCAAUUCGCAUCUUGAGGUUAUUAAAAUCCUUUGAUUUUGUGUUUUGUCUACACUUGAUGGUUGAUAUCUUGGGAAUCACAAAUCAUUUGAAUACAACAUUAAAAAGAAAAGAUCAAGAUAUCGUAAAUGCCAUGAAUCACAUAUGGAAGAUGAAUAUCAUGAUGGAUUCAGUCGUCGAAGAGGUUCACAGGUUGGUUAACAACUUGCACCACUAUCAUAUUGAUGUAUUUAAGGCGUUGAUAGAUAUGCAACUUCAAGAGCUUAACCAUCGCUUUAAUGAAGCCAACACAAAAUUACUUCUUUGCAUAACUUGUUUGUGUCAUCGUGAGUCUUUUAAAGCCUUUGAGUUGGAUAAACUAAUGGAAAUGGAUACACUUUAUAGGGAAGACUUUCGAACAAAAUAUGAUCUUCAACUUCUUGAUGUUGAACUUAAAAAUUACAUUAAGAAUGUGCGAGAAGAUGAACGAUUUAAUCAAUUGAAGAACAUUGGAGAACUUUCCAAAAAGAUGGUCGAAGUGCAAAAGCAUAUAAUAUAUUCUAAGGUUUACCUUCUCUUAAAACUUGCAUUGAUCUUACCCAUUGCGACAGCGAGUGUGGAGCGCGCAUUUUCAACAAUGAAGUUGGUAAAGAAUGUAUGCAACAACAUGGGUGAUUAA